ACGAGAGACUUGCAAAUUGAUAGUAGGUAGAAUGACUGCACCACUGCUCCGCUCUACUGACAAGCAACGGCCGACUGCCCACCGAACGUCGAUGGGCUAGCGACUACCCAGAUGACUGUGAUAGUUCAACACAAAGCCAAUUAGCACCACUGAACGGGAAAAGACGACAGCACAUGAGACUGCUAAGGCAGACACUUAUACAUUACACGAUGAAAACACUGGACGUCUUUGCAAAAUUGCCACUGUUUUGUUUACGGCAGGGGGCGAACACACGAUACGACCAAACGAACCACGCUAUUGACUAGCACUACUUGCCCACCACUUCUGUAAAACACGUCGCCCACUCCCAGACAGGCGAAGACUGGAACUCUUUACCAAUGGUAAAUACAAAUGAACAAUGGAAGAAGUAUGGCUACAGCAAAUCUUUAUGACUAAUUUCGCCACCAACUCCUUCCGAUAAUUGUUUAGACUUAUAUAGCGGAACUCUAGGGGAGUGUUAAAAAAGGUAUGUGCCAAUGUAUCAUCGAAUGUUUCAUAUUAAACCGCCCUCAGAGUCCGCUUGUCAGUGAUAACUCGUCGUCACCAAGUGUCGUCUGCUCACACAAAUCAACACAAAAACGAGCUUCUUGCCAAUAUGGCUGCGCCCAGUGAAUUCGACUGUAUAGAAGGAUGAUCGUACGGCAGUAUCCCUGUGUCUGUUUCUAACCAUGUGGAAUCAAUUUUUUACAAUAGGGAAGUGCAACUGUGAUAAAUGAGUUUACCAUAUCUCAAGAAAUUGAGGGUAUUCAUGAAUAAAAGACAUCACGUCGAUUGACGCAGUCAAAACCAGCAACUGGGGGAGUCUCCAGUUGUGCCUACGGAUGAUAAAAUAUUAAGUGUCCAGUAAGUGAAUAUAAUAACCACAAUGCAGCGUUUAUUUAAAAGCAUUCAGAAGGUUGUCGGACUAUGGAAUUGGACUCCCACUCGACGCUUCCAAUCCAGCGUUUCGCUAAAAAGUGUUCCAUCAUGUAACUGGCACCCAAGAGAGCCAUCGGUUCCCCAAACAGAAGCUGGAAGCAGUUCGCAGCAAUUCGAAGUCUACAAUUCCCUAACUAAGAGAAAACAACCAUUGUUAUGCAAGACGAAUAAACUGGUUACUUGGUACUGCUGCGGUCCAACUGUGUAUGACGAGUCUCAUGUUGGCCAUGCAUUGUGCUACCUUAGAUUAGAUUUAAUCCGUCGAGUUCUCGAACACAGAGGAUUUUCGGUUGUCUACGUGAUGAACAUCACAGAUGUCGACGAUAAGAUCAUCCAAAGGGCCCAAGAACUAAAGAUUAGCUAUUUGGAGGUGGCACGAAAAUAUGAAGCUUCGUUCUUUCAAGACCUCGCAGCGCUGAAUAUUCGUAAGCCAUCGAUUGUUCUUCGAGCGACGGAACAUAUCAACGAGAUUGUACACUUUAUCGAGGAGCUUAUGAGGUUAGGCUACGCGUAUAGGACCACUGAGGGCGUAUUUUUCGACACCAGCCGCGAUUCUGCGUAUCCACGAUUUCGUCAGGUGGACGUUGACCAAAAUACCAAAGGGGUCAAGCGCAAUGCUCGCGAUUUCGCCUUGUGGAAGCCGGAAAAAGCGGGUGAACCUUCCUGGACUGCGUCCUUUGGAUCAGGCAGACCCGGCUGGCAUAUCGAGUGUUCUGCUAUGGCUUCAAAGGUGUUCGGUAAUGACUUAGAUUUGCACAGCGGCGGAAAGGAUCUUGAAUUUCCACACCAUGAGAAUGAGGAGGCACAGUGUUGCGCAUUUCAUCAGCGAUCGACCUGGGCCAGGUGCUACAUCCACCCAGGUUUUGUGCGCUUGUCUGGCGAUAAGAUGUCCAAAAGUAUUGGCAAUGUUAUUCACAUAAAAGAUUUCUUGAAGGACCAUUCGGCAGAGAAACUUCGUAUGAUCUGCCUAAGGUUUCCUUUACGCGCCGAGAUCGAUUUCAGGGACAAGCUCGUAUCUGAGUCAGCGUCGGCUUUAGCAAAGCUAAACGAUGCUCUAGCCCUUAGCGAUGAUUAUUUGCGCGGGAGGUUUUCGGCGGACAUCAGCCAACAUGAUCUACUUAAAGCACUGAACAUCACUAGGGAAAACGUGGACAAGGCCCUGGCUGAUGACUUCAGCUUCGCCCGAGCUACAGCCCAGAUCGUGGCACUUACCGACAUGCUAGUGCAGGCGCUUAGAAAAACCGAGGAGGGUAAAAUGGCUCCAGGACAUGUUGCUGUAGCUUCGUUGUCAAACUAUAUCCGGAACUAUUACUGUACUAUGGGAUUCCGGCUGGACACCAUGUCGGGCGUUGCCGAAGACAGCCAACUAAGCAACAUCGUUGACAAAAUGAUGGACUUUCGGUUUGAAGUGAGACAGCUCGCGUUAGCUUUAAGUCCUGGAGACGAGCGAGAUAAGCUAUUGAAAAGCUGUGACGAAUUCCGUGAAGACCUUCAAGUGGAAGGAAUAGCAAUAAAGGAUAUGAAAUAUCGGACAAGUUGGACAAGGUCUCAUUAACUGAACCUAAAACGAUUCUGUGCUGUAAAUCCAAAACAACCCUAAACUGCUUUGUAGAUCUCUGUAAAAAAACUUCAAACGACACCUGCAACAUACAAUAAUAGUUUAUAAGUGGAACAUAUUGUUGAAGAAGCUACAAUAGAAUUUAUAAAAGCAAGAAAAAAAAAAAAAAACAAGAAAUGUAUCUUAAAGUAAAAACUUAA